AUGACUACUGAGAGGCAGAAUAUGGGCUUUCCAGUAAUUAGUGAUCUUGGAUUUGAUGUUUCAGAUUUUAAAGGUACGAUGGAAAAAUGGGUUAAUAUCCUAAGAGUUGCAGUAUUCAUUAAGCAGUUAUAUAUGAAAGAGAAGGCUGCAUUGCAUGUUAUACUAGACACUUUUUUGGUAUAUCUUCAUAAUGUCGAUCACGUAUUACCGAACGGCCACAUCACUGAGCCGUUCCCGCGAAACCAGAACGGAAAAAACUUUCAAAUGUCAAAAAAACCUCGAAUUUCGACAUUUCCGACCACACCACACCUACAAGCAAGUGCUAACAUGGGUAAAAAAGAGGGCCCGUUGUCAUUGUACUUAUUUUUCUUUAUCAGCAAAGGGAACAAAAAGCAAGAAGAAGAGAAAACACCACUGAUUGACAAGUAUUAUGCAGAAUGCAAAGAAAAUGACAAAAGGAGAGGAUCCUACAAGAUUUGUCCUAGAUUUUACCGUAGGAUAGAGUUAAGUAUGUAUGAUGCCAUUGGACAAGGUUAUCUCAGAGAAUCGGAUCUGGAGAAAUACAUAGAAGAACUGAUUCCAACUCUCCCACAACUGAAUGGCUUAGAUGAAAAUUUCAAGCUAAUCUACAUUUGUACGGUUUCCAGAAAAUUCUUCUUUUUCCUAGAUCCUUUAAGAACAGGGGAUAGGAGAAUAAAAAUCUUGGAUAUUUUAGCCAGUGGCUUCUUAGAUGAGAUGUUUCAGUUAAAGGAUGAAGACCUUUCCGAAGAAAGACAAGCAUCAAAUUGGUUUUCCUUUAAUUCAAUGAUGAAACUAUUUGUCCAGUAUUUAGAUCUUGAUAAGGAUUGUAAUGGAACGCUCAGUAGAGAUGAGCUGUCUCAUUAUGGGAUGGGAUCCCUCACAAAUGUGUUUCUAGACAGAGUGUUCCAAGAAUGUCUCACCUCUAAUGGGGAAAUGGAUUACAAGACUUACCUGGAUUUUGUCCUUGCUAUGACAAGUGGGGAUAAUCCAACGGCACUACAUUACAUCUUCAGGCUUCUAGACAUUGAAAAAAAGGGCAGCCUGAAUGCCUUCACCCUGAACUACUUGUUCAAGGGUAUUCAAGAGAAGCUGAGUGAACGAGGUUGGGAGCAAAUUUCCUUCCUUGAUGUCAAGGAUGAAGUAUUUGACAUGAUUAACCCUAAAGAUCCAUACAGAAUAACAUAUAAGGAUUUGGUCAACAGUGGUGAAGGAAAUACAUUUAUAGGCAUCUUUAUUGAUGUGUUUGCUUUCAAGGCCUAUGAUAAUAGAUGA